AAGUUUCUAUCUAUCCUAUUACCGCUCCGGGGGCCAACGCCGACCACAGUCAAGCGCUUCCAAAACCAUGUCAUCAUUCUAAUAACAAACGCUUUUUCGACGUGUAAUUUCUUCAUUAGCCAUCGUUUAAUAUAACAGUCUUUCUCUUUCCUUUUUAAACUUCCCACCAUUUCUCAUUGGAAUACGCUUUAAUUCCCACCAUAUCCCCUCUCCCGGCCAUGUCGCCACCCUCCGAAGGAUCCGAAGUGUCUGUCAGCCUCUGCCGGUGCUCCCCCGGCGACGAUCCGCCUGAUUCUGACUGUGGUUCAUGUCCGUACUGCCGGAAACUGAAUCUUUCCUCGUCUUCAUCCUCUCCUUCUUCUGGAUUCGAUCCGAGAUCGGAGAGGGAUUGGGAGAAGCUCCGGAGAUGCUUGGCUGCAGCUGGGAAGGGUUUCGUGAUCGGAGCGGGUUUGAAAGGUGGCCUUGCCGUUUUCUCCAUUUUGGCUCGGUUGAGAAGCCGCAGAUUCCCGGCCUCUGCAAGGUAGGGAUGCUAACGAAUGGGGAGGCGGUGGUGUCAGCCGUGAAGGAGACGCUUCGAUAUGGUCUUUUUCUCGGCACUUUUGCGGGUACAUUUGUUUCUGUAGAUGAGUGUAUUGCGGCCUUGGGAGGACAUAACAGUACUGCAAGCUGGAGGGCGCUGUUAGCAGGGGCGAUUGCUGGGCCUUCGAUGCUUUUGACUGGACCAAACACACAACAUACAAGCUGGGCUAUAUACAUCCUUAUGCGUGCUUCUGUCCUAGCAUCUCGUUGUGGAAUAAAAAGCAAAAGAUUUGGCUAUGUCUGCAAACCAUUGACUUGGUCCCAUGGUGAUAUUUUCCUAAUGUGUCUCUCCUCUUCACAAAUCCUGUCUGCCUACAUUUUAAAGCAAGACAGUUUGCCUCCAUCAUACCGGUCCUUUCUCAACAAACAUGGUGGGAAGGAUUCUGUUAUUCUGCAGGGCAUCAAAGAUCUUGCAUGUGGUGUUCCUUUCACUAAUUUGGAGGGGAUAGAGAAAAAUUAUAAUUCCAUGGGAGUUGGCGUCAAACUAGAUCCAAAAAUGAAAGUGCCUUGCUCAAUUGUGCAUGGGAAUCAAUCUUGUGCAGGACAUAUUAUUUCUUUUCUUCUAGGAGCUUAUGGAAGAGCAUUGCCAGUCUAUCUUCCAGUGUAUUUGAUUCCUGCACUAAUAGUUCACCGACAAGACCUCUUAAAACGGCCGAACACAAUUUUGGGGAAGGGCUUUCUUGGUACUGCUAGAUCAAGCUUGUUUCUCUCUGCAUACUGUUCAUCAGCCUGGAUGUGGACAUGCCUGGUUUUUAGGCUUUUCAACAGAUGUAGCAUUCCAUUGGUUGCGCUGGGGACGUUCCCUACCGGCCUCGCCUUAUCCAUUGAAAAGAAGAGCAGAAGGAUGGAAAUUUCUCUCUAUUGCUUUUCACGUGCCAUUGAGAGCUUCUUCAUGUCCAUGACUGAUGCCGGUUAUUUCCCUCGAUCUAAGAAGUUAAAGAGAGCCGACGUAGCUAUAUUCAGUGUAUCGACAGCCAUCAUCAUGCAUUGUUACGCCCAGGAAAGAGAGGUGUUCCGCUCAAAAUACCUGAAUGUGCUUGACUGGGUGUUUGGCGUGCCUCCCACGUGCAAGAAACAUGAUUAAUGCUACGGGUGUGUGCUGCUUAUUUCCUUAGUCGAAACCAAAGGGACCCAAUCGAGUUGUUUUCAGUGCAUCGAAGGCCACUCGAUGGAGACUGUAAAACAUGCCAGAUUAGGUUGUUUGGUGUGGCCCCCAUUCAGGAGAAACAUAAUGUUAUUCAUUUGGGUGUAAGAGAUUAUUUUUCUCUUUAACAAGAGAUCAUUUUUCUCUUUUCUUAGAAAGAGAUGUAUAGGAUCUUUAGAAGGAAAGUGCAUGUUAGAGAAAUGAACCUCAUAAGAUAUUGGCUAUUAUUACAUGUCAUGUAUAUUCUAUUUAUCAGAAAAAUAAAAGAUGACGGAAGUGCUGCUUUGUCUC